AUGGAUAAACCUAGACAUCAGCAGCUUUUCCAGCACUCUAUGGAACAUGGAUACCUAAACAACGACACUGUUCCUCAACAAGGGAGCACGAAUGCUAAUUUUCGACCUCCCAAUCCAAAUGCUUCUGAUGCUAAACCGGUGCAUAACUACUCCAUACAGACAGGGGAGGAGUUUUCUCUUGAGUUUAUGCGUGAACGGGUGAUUCCUCAGAGGUCUUCCAACCCUAAUGGAGCUUCGGACAUGAGCCCUAAUACCACAGGUUAUAUGGAGUUUAGAGAUCUGCUAGGGAUAGGCCGCACAGGCUCUGACUGUGCUUCAGAUGUCUCUAGGGUGAGUGUUGCGGAGAAUGGCUUGAGGGAUUAUGACAGAACAAACCCUUCGCUUCAUGAGUUUGGUAAUAAGCUUGGUCAUGUCCAGUCAGCACCGCAAGCUUUGAUUAGUAAGGAUAGAAGUGUAGGAAAUUUAAAUGGAUACGGAUCUUUUUCAGGCUCUGGUAGUGUAACAGCGAAAGUGAAGAUACUUUGUAGCUUUGGUGGGAAGAUACUUCCACGUCCAGGUGAUUCGAAGCUUAGGUAUGUUGGAGGUGAGACACACAUUAUUUCUGUGAGGAAGGACAUAUCUUGGCUGGCUCUUAAGCAAAAGAUCCUUGAGAUCUAUUACCAGACUCAUGUUGUCAAGUAUCAGCUUCCUGGUGAAGAUCUUGAUGCUUUGGUUUCUGUAUCAUGUGAAGAAGAUCUCCAGAAUAUGUUUGAAGAGUAUUAUGAGAUGGAAAACCGUGGGGGCUCUCAAAAGCUUAGGAUGUUUCUGUUUUCUGUCAACGAUCUGGAUGAUGAUGCUAUAUUGGGGGUUAAUAGAAAUGAUGGUGACUCUGAGUUCCAGUAUGUUGUGGCUGUGAAUGGUAUGGACAUUGGACCAGGAAGGAACUCAAUCCUUCAUGGGCGAGAUAGCUCGUCAGCAAACAACUUAGCUGCGCUUGAUAACAACGAGGGGAUCAAUAACAUUACUGGAGAUGUUGUUGGAGUUAGCACACCGCAGUUGAUGGCAAAUGGCUUCCAGCAAUCCUCUGGUCAACAGUCUGAGUCUAUUCCACCAAGCGUAUCGCUUCAUUAUUCUCAAUCUAUUCCACCCAGUGCUUCAUAUCAGUUGCAGCAACCUGUUCCGCCAAGUUCUGCUCUUCAUUAUUCCCAGUCCAUUCCACCGAGCUCCUCGAUUCAGUAUCCCCAGUCCAUUACUCCAGACUCCUCAUUUCAGUAUCCCCAAUCUAUCACUCCAGACUCUUCUUUUCAGUAUCCACAAUCCAUCACACCGGGGUCUGCCAGCUCCUAUGGAAUAUUCCCACCGUAUUAUGGGCACGUGGUUCAACAUGGAGAACGAGAGCAGUUUCCUUUGUAUGCUCACAAUUCUAACUACUCCGGUAUGACGGAAACUACUGGUUCCAUACCUUUCCAAGGGCAUGUCAAUCAGCAAGGUGGCUGGUCUGAAGGGUAUUCGUACCCUGGCACUACACCACAAAGCACGCAAGCCAUAGUAGAGGAGCAAAAGGUAUCACCUGAUACAAAAGUUCAUGAGCAUGCUGAGACUGAAAAGCUCAAAAUUUUGGCAAAGGAUCACCAGAGUACUCCUCAGUUAGAUGAUGUUGAGGUGAAGAAUCACAAUCAGCAGGUUCAGGAGGUGUCAGCAGCAACAACUAGACCUAACCAGGAGGCACAUUUACUUCCUCCCCGAGGAGACACACGGCAUAACGCUCCUGCAAAGCCUGCUACUUACCGUGAUGCUGUCAUUACUGGACAGGUUCCUCCAUCUGGUAAUGAAGAUCAGCUUUCAACUUCAGGUGGUACCUGUGGUCCUGUUCAUAACGACUCUGACUCAAAUCUAAUUGAUCUGAACUAUCCGGAGCCUGUGCAGCCUCCACCGAGGGUAUAUCGCUCAGAGAGAAUACCUCGUGAACAGUUAGAAUUGCUAAAUCGCUUAUCGAAAUCUGAUGACUCUCUAGGCUCUCAUUUCCUAAUGUCUCAGUCACAAACUAGCAAUGCACAGCAAGAUGGAGCAAACGAAGCAGUUGUAAAGUCACACGAAGAUUCCCAACCUGUUAAUGGUGAUGCUACCCACCAGAAGCAUAAAAAUGUGGAGACAAUCUUUGGAAAAGUGGGGCUAUCAGAUGAUACGUUGGACUCCGGGCCCCUGCGUCCUGAUGAUGCAAACAAGAACAGAGAAUUCAAUGGGACAGAUACUGAGAUUGAUGUUUCCAACUCGAGCCAUCUAAACGCAGGCAUGGAUCAUGUUAUUCAUGAAGAGCAAGCUUCCACUCACCGUUCUGAUUCGCUGCAGGGAGAUAUUCUGAUCGAUAUCAAUGACCGGUUUCCUCGUGACUUCCUUUCUGAAAUAUUUUCAAAAGCAAUCUCAGAGGAUACGUCUGCUGUCCAUCCAUUUCCUCACGAUGGAGCUGCUAUUAGCAUGAAUGUACAGAAUAAUGAUCCUAAAAAUUGGUCGUAUUUUCAGCAGCUGGCUGAACAACAGUUUAUCCAGAGAGAUGUUACCAGUAUUGACCAAGCUGAUUCUCACUUUCCAUCUCACGUCCCACCAUUGAGUAGAGAUGGUAAUUCAACAAACCUUGCGGAUCCUCAGUUGACUUUAGGUCGAGAUUAUGGGGAUGAUUUUUCUGAAAGGAACGGGGGUGGCACUAGCACUAUUCUCCCUACUCCAGAGGAUGAUCAGAUGAAGGUCACAGAGAGCGAAGAAUUUGGUGCUAUGGUGGAGAAUCUGAGGACGUCAGAUUCUGAACCAAAGGAUAAAAAGACAGAAACAAGGCAUGCUGCACUUCCUCCACUUGGAUCAGAGUCUGACUACGAUAGCUUGCAGAUCAUUAAGAAUGAAGAUCUUGAGGAGCUGAAAGAGCUUGGUUCUGGUACUUUUGGAACGGUGUAUCAUGGAAAAUGGAGAGGAUCAGAUGUUGCUAUCAAGAGGAUCAAGAAGAGUUGCUUUUCUGGGCGGUCAUCAGAGCAAGAGAGAUUGACUGGUGAAUUCUGGGGGGAGGCUGAUAUUCUUUCAAAACUCCAUCAUCCGAAUGUGGUAGCAUUUUAUGGGGUUGUAAAAGACGGGCCUGGGGGGACAUUGGCGACCGUGACAGAGUACAUGGUUGAUGGUUCUCUACGGCAUGUUCUUGUCCGCAGAGACAGGCAUCUUGAUCGUCGUAAGAAACUUAUCAUUGCCAUGGAUGCUGCAUUUGGAAUGGAAUAUUUGCACUCCAAAAAUAUUGUUCACUUCGAUUUGAAAUGUGACAAUCUACUUGUGAACUUGAAAGAUCCUUCUCGUCCAAUCUGCAAGGUUGGUGACUUUGGUUUGUCAAAAAUCAAGAGAAAUACAUUGGUAUCUGGUGGCGUACGUGGAACCUUACCAUGGAUGGCACCAGAGCUUCUAAAUGGGAGCAGCAGCAAAGUUUCAGAAAAGGUUGAUGUUUUCUCUUUUGGUAUUGUUCUUUGGGAGAUUCUGACCGGAGAGGAACCAUAUGCCAAUAUGCACUAUGGGCUCAUAAUAGGUGGGAUAGUGAGCAACUCACUGAGGCCAACCAUACCAGCUCUCUGUGACGAUGAAUGGAGAACACUGAUGGAGGAAUGUUGGGCGCCAAACCCAACGGCAAGACCAUCUUUCACAGAGAUAGCUGGCCGCUUACGAGUGAUGUCAUCUGCAGCGUCUUCAACCCAGUCCAAGCCACCAACUCACAGAGCGUCCAGAUGA